AUGUCUUUAUGCGCAGCCGAUAUCCGCGUAGGUUGCAUCCUUCGCCCUCUCCGUAUUCCAAGAAUACAUCCAGGAGUUCCAUGUGAAUGGAAUGCGUUAGCAAAUCUUCAAAAUGUGAACCAUGAUCUUGGCAGGUGUCCGCCCGAUUGUCGCCAGGAUAUCAUUGGCCAAGAACAUCCUAUCGUUGUCCUCAAAAUCAAUGGUGAUAGCAUUCUAUAUAUGACUGGUAGACCGAUCAAGUUGGAUCAAGAGGGCACACAAUACUCACCCAUUGGACACUAUUUCCCCCAGUGGAAUGGCUGGCAGAACGUCCCACACCCUGAAACAUAUCGUUCCAGGUAUUGGCUACGAGGGCCUUAUAAUUGGAAUUAUGGAACGAUUGAUCAAGAUCGCCAAAAUCCUAACCGUAGCAGAAUUCUUGAACUGGAAGAACAUUCCAAAUUACGCUUGCCACAUGUUUAUUCUCAGAGCAUAGCGAGAUUCAAACCCUUUGGAGGUGAUAAUACGUCUGCCAAAAUAUAUAGAUUGGACGAGGGAUCUUAUUAUAGACUGAUAGACAGAUUGGGAUUGUCCCGUAGCAAUUAUGAUCCUGAGAUCGCCCCAAGAUCCACUUCGCCAUCAUCUCGAGUAUCAACUUCAUCAACACCAGACACUCUUCCCAAUGGUCCAUAUUCUAUUGGACGUUCAAAGAAUGGUCCGUCACAAAUCGAGCGACGCCAAGAUACUGGAAAGAGAGAUCAUAAAGCAUCAAACAAGAAUCUGCCAAAGUGGGUGGCAUUGCUUCGCAGUUUUAUUCGACCAUACAAUGAACAAGAUGGAGAUAUGAAGAGUUGCAAGAUCCGAAAGACCUCGAAUCCCGUCGCAGAAGACUUUUCAUCUCCCGAGCCUGGUUUGAACGAGUCUCUUCUUCCUUAUAUCAUCACACUUCAGUGUACCGUCUGA